UCCAAAGGGAUGAUCGAAAGCACAAUAGGGGAAAUCCAUCGAUAGGUGAGGAGUGGGGUGACGGGGGAGAAAGAAGCGAUCAUGUCGGCGUUGGCGGCGUUGAAGAUGGUGAAGGUUCCUCCGAACUCGGCGAGCGUGGGGGAGGCUCGCAAGCGGACGCUCGAAUUCUUCAAGAUGGCCUGCCGAUCCCUCCCUUCCGUCAUGGAAAUCUACAACCUCGACGAUGUCGUCACCGUCUCCCAUCUCCGCUCCGCGAUCUCCUCCCAGAUCCGCAAGAACGCCCACAUCAAUAAUCCCAAGGUUAUUGAUUUGCUUCUCUUCAAGGCGACAGAGGAACUUAGCAACAUAGUUACACAUUCAAAGCAGCGCCACCAUGUAAUUGGCCAAUAUGUUCUUGGACAUGAAGGGCUUAUGCAAGACAUGGGGACAAAAGACCAGGGAAUAUCUGAGUUUCUGAAACAAUUUUAUACCAGUAACUACUUCUGAACCUUUUCAGAAGCUGGAAGAAUCGAUCUCCAAUCUUGUCUUUAGCUGAUACAGUUCACAAGCUUUCAACAUAGAGCUAGCAGCCAAAAUUCUAAUUUAGCUUGUUUGUAUCAUGAAGUUGGGGUGCAUUGAGAAAUAUUUUUCCAGCACAAGCUUUUGUUGUGUUUCUCGAGUUUCUCCUUUUAGGAAUAACAAAUUCAUGAUGUUUACAUGAAUGAGAUUGAACGGGUACCGCUUAUUGAAUUCUGCCUGUCAAGAGAAACCCCAUGGAACAACUGUGUUUCUCAUUGUGUGAAUGCUUGUGUUUUCAAGUGUCAGAAGUUUAUGUUUCUGGUUGUUUUUCA